UGCGUCUGGCGGGUGAUGGGUGAGUCCCGGUGGAUGUACGAGAUGGAGAAAAUAUCCGGGCCUUUUGCUAGCCCAAUAGUGCGUCUGGCGGGUGAUGAGUGCGUCUCGCAACUGGCUGAUAUUACUCCUAUUGCAUUGAUGCAAACUUCCAGCGAUGAAUCAGCAACUAAAAAAUCGAGAAACAAUAGACAGGUAUAUUAG